CUACGUGCUUGUCAAUUGUCAAAUAUCGAAAUAUCAAAUAACCUGCGUUAUUUUUUUCUUAAUUUUUUGGGAAUUAAAUUGAUUAUGAUUUUGGUGGAAAACCAUUUACAUGGUUAUGUGGAAAAUUAUAUAGUGAAAAACCAUUGAAAAACUAAAAAGUAGUUAGUUAGAUAAGAUGUAACUCUAUGAAAUGAGGAAACUAUUUCAAUCUCGAGAAUCGUUUAUCUUGUGAACUUCUUGUGAAUAACAUUAUUGUGGGAAAUUAAUAAAACAAGCUAAGCAGUGUUACUGUUCACUUUUAAUAAUCAUUAUUUCCGAGUGGACUGUGAAAUUUUUAAUAUAUAUUUUUGUUCGCGAUCUUACAAUCUCCGUUGAUUAAACUCCUUUGCCUCUAACCUGCGUCUAAGUGCUAGCUAACUAUGGAAUCCAUAUUUAUGAAACCGGUGCAACCACACGUAUUUAAAGCGUUAAAAGAUGUCGAUAUCCCAACUCUUGUUAACUGUUCUCCUGAGGAAAUAAGGCCUAUCAUACCUUGUCUCGUACGUAUGGCCCUUAUAGCACCAUUGGACGUUACGAGAUACUGCGCUGAGGCCAAAAAGGAAAUACUGACUCUGUUAUCUGGAAUAGAUUUGGUCAAUUUUAUAGUAUCGCUUUUAUCUAUUGAAUUCCAUGCCCUCGAAGUCGACCUUAAGAAAGAACAACAAAUGCGGCAAAAAUGUGGUUCACAAAGCACAGAAUCAUUUUUAUUUCCAACUGUAAUCAAUGGUAUUGCAAAUGACUUUGAGCAGUCAGAUUCUGCUAGAAGGGUACGUUUGGUUCUCUCAGAGUUAUUACAAAUGCAGGCACAAUUGACAGAACUCAAUCAGAACAAAAAUUCUAAUGCAGAAUCUUCAUUUAAGGCAUCUGAACUUUUUGAUAAUGAAGUAUAUCUUGAAGAAAUUACAGAUGUAAUUUGUAUAAGUCUUGCAGAACUACCAAAUUUGCUGAAUAUUUGUGAUAUAGUUGAAGUUCUUCUAUAUGUGAAUAAGGGCCCUGUUAUCAUUUCUUGGGUUGUUGCAAAUAUGCCAGACACUUUACUAGAAGUUGCUGAAUCACUUGUUAUGAAUGCUGAAAGAGGUGAAGAAGGUGGUAUCAGAGCUAAAACUCUGUCUACUUUGUGUGAUGCCUGUCCAUACAUAGCAGCAGCAGUAAGAGCUAAGGCUGUUACUUCCUCUCGGUUACCAUGUCUAGUUAUCAGCCUAACUUUGACACAUCAUCAAGAUGACUUGGUAUCCUUUGUGUCUGGACUUUUAUUGGGCUCUGAUCUGACAUCUAGAGCUUGGUUUGCAACAUUUUUACGUAACUCGCACAAAAGGGGGAAAGGCGAUGGACAUGCAGCAUUGGUAAAGUUGCGCCAAGAGCUAUUGAAUAGGCUCAAAGAAGCUACAGCUGGUGUGGAGGCAUCAGCAUUGUUGAGAUUGUAUUGUGCACUUCGAGGAAUUGCAGGAAUUAAGUUCCAAGAUGAUGAAGUUUCUGGAUUACUGCGACUGGUCACACAAAAACCGCCACCAACUCCUGCUGGCGUGAGAUUUGUUUCAUUAAGUCUGUGUAUGAUACUUGCUUGUCCAUCAUUAAUGGCUGCUGCAGAUCAUGAAAAGAAGGCAAUAGAAUGGGUACAGUGGCUUGUGAAAGAAGAGGCAUAUUUCGAAAGCAACUCUGGAAUUACGGCGUCAUUUGGGGAAAUGUUGCUCCUCAUUGCCAUUCAUUUCCACUCGGGACAACUGGCUGCUGUGGGCGAAUUAGUUUGCGCUACUCUCGGGAUGCGCGUGCCCGUCCGCCCUAAUGGCUUAGCGCGCAUCAAACAAGCAUUUACUCAAGAAAUAUUUACUGAACAGGUUGUCACUGCACAUGCUGUAAAAGUUCCAGUUACUGUCAAUCUUAACAGUAAUAUUACGGGCUAUUUACCCGUCCAUUGUAUUCACCAGCUACUUAAAUCUCGAGCAUUUUCAAAACACAAAGUGCCAAUCAAAAAUUGGAUAUACAGUCAGAUUUGUAACUGCACGGCUCCAUUGCAUCCUGUAAUGCCAGCGCUCGUCGAGGUUUAUGUCAACUCUAUUCUUGUGAUUAAUAGUAAAGGCACCAAUGAAUACUUUAACCAACCCAUAACAGAAGAAGAAAUUAGAAAAGUUUUUAGAAAUUCUAUUUUCGGUGUUAAUUUUGAUACACAAAAUAAGCCAUUCACUCCCAUGGAAACUGAUGGGGAAACAUCUGUGGAAAUAAACAUUGAUAAACCGACACUGGCAUCGCAAUUACUGCUGAUAUAUUACCUACUUCUUUAUGAAGAUGUUAGAUUGGCUAACUCUGCUACUCUAAUAGCAAAUGGAAGAAAAAUAAAAAGUUAUUCUUCAGCAUUUCUGUCAGAAUUACCCAUAAAAUAUUUACUUCACCAAGCUCAGAAAGAUCAAAUGAGUUACGGGGGACUUUUUAGCCCAUUGUUGCGUUUAUUAGCUACUCAUUUUCCACAGCUAUCCCUCGUAGACGAUUGGAUGGACGAUCAAGUGUUUGGAGAUACUUGUCGUCAUCAAGUGGAUGUUAAUAUUUCUGAUCUAUCAAUAAAUGAAGCAUUUCAAUGCAUCGAGGUAAACCCAUAUAAAACUGGCAAAAUUCUUAAAGCUAUGCUGAAUAGAAACCCGACAGACAUAUGGCCCUUUGCUGAAAUAUUUGUCAGAUAUUUUAAAAGCGUGCUCGGCGACCAGGUUCCGAGGCACAUACAAGAACUUUAUCGUGAAGUUUGGCUGCGCCUCAACACAGUCCUACCGCGGUGUUUGUGGAUAAUGACAAUAAAUGCUCUUCUCGAUAUCAACAAUGGUAAUAGCAGAAAUGUUACAAUUACACAAGAAAACGUUUUAGUAGAUCCACUCCAAGUUUUAAGAUGUGACAUUAGAGUAUUUAGAUGUGGGCCGAUUUUAAAAAUAAUUCUUAGAAUAUUAGAAGCUAGUUUAGCAGCAUCAAGAAGCCAAUUGAGCCGUCAUUUGUUGGACAAGCCUCUGCUGGAGAAGAGUGGCCAGCUGACCUCGGACGCAGAGCGAGAAGAGUUAAAGAACGCAUUGAUUGCCGCUCAAGAAAGUGCUGCACUGCAAAUUUUAUUAGAAGCAUGUUUAGAGACUGAAGAAGAUCAAUCUAAACCUGAGCUUAUGUGGUCGCUAAGAGAAGUUCGAAGUAUAAUUUGUUCGUUUUUACAUCAAAUAUUUAUUUCGGAACCGUCACUAGCUAAGCUAGUACACUUUCAAGGCUAUCCGAGGGAACUUCUGCAAGUUACCGUGCAAGGAAUACCAUCUAUGCAUAUCUGUUUAGAUUUCAUUCCGGAACUUUUAAGUCAAGCUUCACUUGAAAAACAGAUUUUCGCUGUGGAUCUUGUAUCUCACUUGUCAAUUCAGUAUGCAUUACCGAAAGCGAUGUCGAUCGCAAGGCUGUGUGUCAACACUCUAUCCACGCUGCUAUCGGUCCUUCCCAGUGACUUGCGCCUCGAACUCUUCCAGCCGGUAUUAAAAUCACUCGUACGAAUAUGCAUAGCGUUUCCUUCCCUCCUCGAAGAUAUUACGUCACUGCUAUUGCAGCUGGGACGAAUAUGUGAAUCUCAAGUCUCCCUCGGACACUGUUGGAAUGACACCAAUAUCCUAGGGGAGGGGGCGUAUGUUCAGUCAGACGUUCAGAGUGACAGUAAAGUAUUAGUUGCAGAAGUUUUGUGCAGAGAUAUUAAAAUAACUAUGUCUGAAAUUGUUCAAAAAGCUCUUUUAAAUGAUAAGUUAUAUUAAAUCUGAAAACUUCGUUUUUA